AUGGGAAUUACUGCGCUAACAUGUAAUCUUUUAAAUAUAUUACAGGCAUACUCGAAAAAGUGUCUUGAACACUUUUUUAAAUUAAAAAAUGACGCAUUGGAUUCAUCGACAGCGUUAAAGAGCAAGAGCAAUGAUUCACACAUAGUCGAGAAGACCGAUAAAGUUGAGAACUGCAAUUUCGCGAGAAUUAAACAAUGGUUUUUACUGAUGGCCACAAAGUAUAAUACAUUAAUGGAAAACAAGUUUUCAAUGUUUUUCGUUGUCGCUUGCUUCUUCAUUUGUGCUAUCCAGUUCCUUUUCUUUAUAAUUUAUUGGACUGAGAUAGUACCUCGAAAAACGCUGAGCGCAAUUGACAAUCUAAAUUAUGAUUACUUAACAACCCAUCUAAAAGAGCAGUGUAUCCCGUAUGAGAAAAUUCUUGACCAAUGUGUCUCGUAG